UUAGACUCUAAAAUAAUUGUAGAUGUUCCUUCACCAUUUUUAUAUCACGGGCUUUUGUUAUAUUACUGCAACGUUGGCAAUUAAUUUCUUAUCACAUGUUUCCUUCGAAAUAUUGAUCAAAAAUUAGACAGACACGGAUUAUUUCAAAAGUUUAGUUUUAUCUUGUGUGCAAAUAGUUUUCUGCAAAGAAACCACCUAUCAAGUCUCAAGAUGUACUUUUAAACUGUAGAAUAUCAAUUAUUGUUCUGUAUAAAAAAUAGUGGCAUUCUGAAGCUGGAUUAGGACACCCGCUUUGCUUGAUGAUAAAAAUACAUAAUAGGUUGAAAGUAAUGUUUGGACAUCCCAGAAAUACGAAGAUGUUACGAGAUUUGGAACAAGACUACCAAGAAAUUAAUGAGGACAAUCAACAGAGAUUUGCUGGAAUUAUACCACCACAUAAAGAAUACUUAGAAGAAGUAUAUGAUUUAUUGACUUCCAAAUUGAAUGAAGUUCAUAAAACUUUUUCAAUUAUAAAAGAUGACAGAAUAACAAACGUAAUUGAAGAACUAACCACACAGCUAAAUAUUAAAUCCGAAUUGUUACGACCCAUAGUGUACACAAAUAUGGCGGAAGGAGCUAGUGAAGUUUUCGUUAACAAUGAUACAGCGCAUUAUAUUCAGAAUUAUUUCAAAGAAUCGACAACUUAUUUGGGGUUGGAGCCUUAUUCGUUCCAAGCUCUGAGUAUAAAUACAUUAUCAACUGAUAAAACUUUCGAGACACUUGAAGACUUUUUUAAUGUCCUCCGCGAAACUAUCACAGCGACGACUUCCGCAAUACAAAUAUUCGUUAAUAACAAAAUCAUUAAGGCUAAUGAUGAUUUCAAACAAACUUGGGCUGAAGACAUAAAGUAUAUUUUGAAUUUGUACAAAGUAAAAUAUGAUAAUAAAAUAUUUUGA